UGAGCUGAGUCCUGUCCUCCACAACACCACCAGGAGCUGCUUGAGGCGAGAAAUCCGGAGUGAAGAGGGAUUUGGGACUAACGGCUGUUUAUCGCAUCACCGUGGACAACCGAUCUAAUGACCACCAUAUCGAAACUUGCGCACCGUUACAUUGUCCUGGAGUGAAUCAUUAUCAUCAAGACUAUAAUGUGAGAGACAUUUCGGACUCGGUGAUGUUUUGAGGUGUUAGUCUACACAACUGUCCGGGAAAGAUGGCGAGAGCUGCGGUUAUGGUGUCUAUAGCCGUGGUGUUUUUGGGAUUAGCGAUUUUUACUGUCAAACUUCCCUCCGUAAAAGGAGAGAUGAAAGAAGAACAGCAGGAGGAGAGGUCCUGUCAAGGUGCCUUCGAUUUAUACUUUGUCCUCGACAAAUCUGGCAGUGUGAAACACCACUGGAUAGAGAUCUACUCCUUCGUGGAGCAGCUGGCUGAGAAGUUCCUCAGCCCCAUGUUACGGAUGUCCUUCAUCGUCUUCUCCACUAGAGGAACCACAAUCAUGAAACUGACAGAGAGCAGGGAGUCCAUUAACAGAGGUCUAACCACUCUGAGGAGGGAGGCACCAGGAGGAGACACCUUCAUGAACCUUGGCCUGGAGAAGGCCAAUGAACAGAUACACUAUGAGAACCAUGGGACAGCCAGUGUGAUCAUUGCACUGACUGAUGGAGAACUGAAUGAGUGGCAGUUUGCUACUGCACAACGAGAGGCGCAGAGGGCACGGUCGCUUGGAGCCAUAGUUUACUGUGUGGGAGUCAAAGAGUUUAAUGAGACGCAGCUGGCCACCAUAGCAGACACCCUGGAGCAUGUAUUCCCUGUCUGGGGGGGUUUCCAAGCCCUCAGGGGCAUCAUCAACUCGAUCAUCAAGAAGUCCUGCAUUGAGAUUCUAGCUGCUGAACCGUCCAGUGUGUGUGCAGGAGAGUCGUUUCAGGUGGUAGUUCGAGGGAACGGUUUUCUCCACGCCAGAAACAUCGACCAGGUCCUCUGUAGCUUCAAACUCAACGACACACACACUCUGGAUGAGAGGCCUGCUGGUGUAGAGGAAACGUUCCUGCUCUGUCCUGCUCCUGUUAUAAAGGAAGUAGGAAGGGUGAUCUAUCUCCAGGUCAGUAUGAAUGAAGGACUCUCCUACAUCACCAGUUCUGUUCACAUCACCACCAUCGAAUGUUUUGAUGGGACCCUCCUGCUGAUCUCAUUGCUAGUGCUGACACUUUUGUUGGGCUUGCUGUUCAUGUGGUGGUUCUGGCCCCUCUGCUGCACCUUGGUCAUUAAAGAGCCCCCACCACCUCCUCCCCCAGAGCCAGAGUCUGAUGAUGAAGAUGGUAUGCCCAAAAUGCGAUGGCCCACAGUGGACGCAUCCUACUACGGAGGGAGAGGGGUGGGGGGCAUCAAACGCAUGGAGGUGCGGUGGGGGGAUAAAGGCUCUACAGAGGAAGGGGCUAAGCUAGACAAGCCUAAGAAUGCAGUGGUGAAGAUGCCUGAACAGGAGUAUGAAGCGUACCAACCCAAACCACGCACACCCAAGCCCUGGAAACCUCCUCAGGACAGAAGGUGGUACACACCUAUACAGGGGAAGUUGGAUGCUCUGCGGGCUCUGUGUCGUCGAGGAUAUGAUCAGGUGUCCCUGAUGAGACCUCAGCCUGGAGACAAGGAGAUCCGAGAAGCCGUGUCGAGUAUUCCAAACAGGCCAAGGACUGGGUAGAGAAGCGAGUGUCUGGAGAGAAGAAAUUCAUCUUUAGAACCAGAUUGGUCCCGCAGGCUGUCAAGUGGCGGGAAGAUAGGCGAGUCAUAAACAAAGACUUCAAAGUUAACACACCAGACUGACCUCCAAACAUCUCCCCGGUUGAAAAACCAACCGAGGAGGAGCUGGUGGCAAAAUGGCUGAACAGGUUUACACAAUAAGUAUCACUGUGCAAGUGUAAUUUUGAGACACAACUGAACUUUUCAGCCUAAUGAUGGCAGUGGCAGUAUAAUGUGGAACGCCAUCAACAACAUGUCAUGUAAUCAUUGGUGGCUGCGUGUAAUGUUACUGCUAUGUAGACCACCUAGAACAUCACCAUUCUCUACCUCAGGUUUAUUCCUUCCGGUAAACCAAUGGGCAUGGAAAUCAGAAUGAAUAGACUUGGAACCUCUAACCAUGGCAAUUUGACUGGUAAUUAGGGGAUAAUGCCCGAAAAGCCAGUGUUUUGGAGGAUAUUUUGGGAUGGGUGUUGUUAGGCCCGAGACCAAACCAGUAUAUCCUCAAAACACCGGCUUCAAGGGUGUUAUCACUUUUAUACAACGGGUCACCAACAUAUUCAAAUAAUUAUUGACAUAUUUGAAUCAAAAACUUUAUUUUGAUUAAUUUACUCAUACCAUUUCAUCCUUCCAUAAGAUAUAGUCCCGACACAAAUCUAGGGACGCUACCCAAGCCGGCUGGUCCUUUGUUCUAUCAAAUCGGUUGCCAGAGACGCGACCCAGUUGUUCAGUCUUUUUGUUCUGUAUCUAUCGAUGCGACCCUGUCGUUCGUUCUCAAUGUUCAAUUGCCAUACUAGCUGGCAACGUUCUUAUACCUUGCUUGCUUGCUAGCUAGCCAAUUACGGUUAACUUACACUUACGUCAAAAACUGCAGCCAGAAUAACAGCAAAGUAGCUGCAUUUGCAUUUGUUUAAGCUGUUUUCUAGUGACAUUUAUUUGGAUACAUCCAUAACAAUGAGCUAAAGAGGCGCGAUUACACCUGGCAUAAAAAAUAUGCUCAUUCAUGGGGACACUCUUGUUCAGAGGAGCUAGACAACGACACAGCUAACACAAUCACUUCAAACUGAAGCUGGAAAGACUGCAAACUAGCUGCACUUGUUUAGUUUUACCUGUUUUCAAUGGACAUUUCUUUGUAUAUAUCCAUAAAAAUGAUACCAACUGAUUCAUGAUUUCGACUAGCUGAAAAACGUUGCCUGCCUGUCUGUCUGUCUCGUCCCUACACAUUCAUUACUAUAGGACAGCUGGAGAUCGAAUUUGAUUAUUGAAACAAUGUUGCAAAUGUCGGAGAGAAAGAAGAUACAAAUCUCCGUUGUUGAAAACGAAAUAUUAGUCUAAAAGAAAUGUGAGAUAAUGUCUAGAUAAUUUUUAUAGUGGAGAUCAAGUUCAUAAAUUGCUUGACUGGGCUGAUGAGACAGUGGAUUGCACAGUCAGAUGGAACAGAGUAAAUAGGCAUUUUAAAGUCAUAGAUUUAGCCAGUGUUAACUUGUGGAAUAGACACAUCGGGAAUGCCGUUUUAACCAAUCAGGAUUAGACCCACCCGUUGUAUAAACUCGCAAUGGCUGCCUGGUAUUGUGAUGCAAUAAUUUCCAUGGUAACAUUCAAAUUAUGCUAAUUACAUCAGCUUUGGCUCAUACAAUGGAAUGGAAUGUCUGUUGAGUGGUCUCAACAAAUCACAGCACAGAUUGAUGGGUACACUUCCUGCUUUUACUUUAUACUUUAACUUCCUGCUUUGCUCUUAUGGGUACACUCCCCUGUCCACCCAUUAUGCCACCAUUGUCUUGAAUGGGAACAACCGUUAUAUUCAAUAAGGGGAUUCGAUGCAUCUGGCCUGGGCACCCAGGUAGUAGGAUGACCACGUCCCAGAUUGUGCGGGACAGUCCCGCAUUUUAGGCCUUUGUAAUUUCCUCAAACGUGUGAUGCUCUCCAUGAUCAUUAGUUGCUCAUUCAACAUAUUUGCUGCAUCUUCAUGCAAAACUGUUUAAAAGUCUCCCUUCCUAACUGUUUUACAUUCUCUGAGACGAACCAGAAAUGUUUCAUUGGCCAAAUAUUCCCAGAUCUUCAUAAAAGCCACACGUGGUCUCUUGUUUCGCCAUCACCAAAUGUUGCGGGAGGUAGGCUAUAGCCUACUUGUUGCGCUUCGUUCGCUGUAGUGGAAGCAUUGGUGUCGUGUCAAGCUACCACUUCUCACAAUGGUGCUUGUUUAAUCAAGUUAGAUCAAAGCUGAAUCAAUGUCUUGGAAGAUCACAUAAUGAUUCAUUUGUAUUUUACAUAACAGAACCAAAUAUAUUUGCAUAGUAUGACUUUACUGUUAAUCCAAAAACAUCACCUUUCUUAUGAGAUUUUAGGAUGGUUAGCUGAAUAGUCACAUUUUUCUUCUCAGGCGACCAAAACUGUGCCACUAGGUAGAAUGUGCUUGGAUUGAAACAAAAUCCCAGAAGGCUAUAUAGUAUUAACAUCAUCUGCUCUAAUUUGCUCACGAAACAGUGACACGGAGAGAAAGAACAACUUGUCAGAUAGUGCAUUGAAGAAUGAUUCAUUCCUGUCCUGACUUUUCCUAAUACCAUUGCAGAUCUACAUUAAAGCCCAAAAAAGACAGCCGUGGUGUCGCUUUUCAUUUCUUGGUUCUUCCGUGGUACAUAUAACGACCGCUACAGAUUUGGGCCGCGACCCGGAUCAACAUAGCCCUAGCAGAGUUAGUCAAACAACUGGGCCGUGAAAUAGGAAAUCAAGUUGCCACGAGGGGCAGGGGCUGCUCCAAGCACUCCCCAGCCCAUAGUACUAAUACCUGAUUGGUCAAUCUAAUUCUGAAGUCAGGCAUCAGAGAACCACCCCACUUCAGGGGUUAUAGCACAUACCGGUGCACAGUGACUGAAUGGCAAGAACUUAUGCAGGCUUACUUGAAAAAAAGUGAUGCAGUAUAUAAGAACAGGGGCAAGAGAUACAGGACUGACUAAUGGGGUGGGCUAAAGACAUAUUCAGGAUUGGGCUCCGUGGAAACCCUCUCGUUCACUUAAGCAGAGACCCUGAAACUAAAUACAAUAUCCUGAGGCAGCACUUUGGAGAGACUAUCUAAUCCUCAAUUACAUUAGGAUACUUCUAUGAAACCUUACCAAGACAGUCAGAGAGCUGCUUGGAUUAUUUGGCCAGACUGAGCAAAGCAGUUGACCUUUCCAGUGAGUGCUUGCAAAGACAGGGGGAAAGAGUGGAUGAUGCCCUCUAAAUACAACUCCGCUAUUUUCAACCAGGAUCUCAGCGAUCACUGCCUCAUUGCCUGCGUACGUUAUGGGUCCGCGGUCA